AUGUCGACUCGACUUCCACUACAAUCCAGAGCAGCUAGACCCAAAUUUCAAAACAAAAGAGCCAUCUUUGGUGAUGAUGAAGACGAAGAAGAAAAAAUAAACGAUGAGCGCAUCUUGGGUAUCGAAGACAAUAAAGUGAGAGAAGCCGAGCCCAAGAAGAAGGCUGCUCCUCUCAAGAUAUCGCCUCUACCCAAUGCAGAUUGGCGUGCUAGCGCCAAGCACAAGAAGGAGCUUUUUCUACCAGCUUCAGCCAAACAGCCGGUGGAUGGAAGCAUGGACAGCAAACCCGAAGUGCUGCAGCAGAACGCAGCAUCCUUUGGGCUGCAGAUACAAAAGAAGAAGCAAAUAGAGACAACAGAUGUCAAUGGCAGCGUGGAAUCCAUCACAGUGGAGGAAACAACCACUACCAGUACUACAUCAAAUGAGAAUGCACCCAAGACAUUGGAAGAGCGAGCCAUUGAAGCCAUCAUCAAAGAUUCAAUGGGUGAAGGUGAUAACGAUAAAGAUGAGGGACCUAAAAAAGUAAUCCAUGUCGAUGAAACAGUGGCGUUCAGAGAUGAUUAUGAGAAACGACCAGAAGAGACUACGAUGGAAGAAUACGAGCACAUCCCAGUAGAGGAGUUCGGAGCAGCACUAUUGAGAGGUCUAGGAUGGAACGAGGGUGAAGGCAUUGGAAGAAAUAGAAAGAAUGCGCCAGCUCCACCUCCAGCACCUGUCAAGCAAAGAGAAGCAUUGCUUGGGCUAGGCGCCAAACCAGAAGACGCAGAUAUAAAGACAGAUGACAAGCAAAAGUACAAAAAUAGACGUGCAGCAUACGAAUACAAAGAUACCAGCUUAUUCAAAAAGAUCUCCAAGAGAAAAUACGAAGAAGAGGAGGAGGACAGAGAUAGAAGUCAAAGUUCAAGCCGCCAUAGUGACCGAUCAUCCACAUCAUCCCGUCGAGAUAGAGAGGACGAAAGGUCAAAAAGAAGAAGAAGAAGAAGUCGUAGCAGAGACAGUAGCUCGUCCUCUAGGAGUCAUCAUUCCACCAGCAGUAGUCAUAGUCAUCGUCGUCGUCGCCGUAGUCAUAGUAGAUCACGCUCACCUGUGUCAAGAUCCAGCGGUAGCAGCAGUAGAAGGAAAUAG